AGCCAGCUAAGUCUUAAUGCAGAUACAGAGCCUGAGACAGAGACGGGUGAAGCACAGAGUCCAAAUUCAAUUUCUUGUACAGAAUCACAGAUGCAGCCCACCAGCUUUUUAAUGCAUCUUUACCAUUUAAUUCCUAACAGAUCCACAAGAGUACAUAUGAGAGGACAAAACCUGGCUGUGCACAGUACAUCAUGCAUGGGGUAUCCUCACCUGCUUCUGCCAAAGUUUAUGCAAUUUUACCAGGUGGGGCGAGAGGGGUGUUUGAAAAUUCAAAGCUUAGAAAUCAUCGUCUUCAUGCUCCUAGUGGCAGCCACUCACAAGAUCCUAACAAAUUGGUUAUCCACCUGCUUGGCUAUCUGUGAUUACAAUCACUUCAUUUUAUUUUAUUUUAUUUUUAUAUUAAAUAAAUUAAUCUUUUAAUAUAAUCCAUACAUUAAUGAUCUCCAGACAGCACAGAUUAAGUAUCCAAUUCACUGGAGUUCUAAAUAUGGUUUUCUUAAUUUUGGGUAUUUGUCAAUGUUAUAAAAGGUCUAUUCAACA